AUGCGUUUUGCUCCCCUGGUUACCGUUGCCUUUGCCGCUCUCGGUGGUGCUACAGCGGCGCCAGAGGAACACCAAGAGCAGGCUAGAGCCGACUACCUGGCCAUUAUUUUUGGCCAGCCAAACUUCAGAGGAAGCUCUAAAACCAUUUCGGAUGGAGAGUCAAACCGUUGCAUCGCCCUCCAGGGCAACCUCCGCGAGAACGUGCAAUCCAUUUUAAUCGAUCGCCAAGACCGUGAUUUCUGUUACCUUUACAAGUUCCGAGAUUGCGGAGGCCCUUCUCGUAAAUUCGACCUUAACGAGAGAAAGAUUAGCCCUAGCAACUGGAGCUAUAUUAAAUGCAUCCGUGGUCGUCGCUAA